UAUUUCAUGCAUCUUAUACAAGGCAGCAGAGAGAGAAGCACAAGUAAAACAAGAAGGAAAUUUCAAGAGAACCAAAAAAAAGAGUACCAGGACUUGUAUUAGUUGUAUCAUGUAUGGACUAAAAAUAAUAAGUGAAGAUUGUGAGAGUACAUAGUAAGGAACUUUCGUCUUUCACGAUUAUUGGGCACAAGCCAAAAUAUAAGACCUAUAUUUCGAUUUGUCUUCUAAAGGAACUAUGUCCAACUAUAUUAGUAUUAAUUAGUGAACAUAAUCAUUGCCCAAGUGAAUAAGUGAUACUUAACUUUAUGUAGUGUCAUCUUAAAAGCAGGUUUGGGCCUCACCUAAACUCUUGUGUAACAAUUAACAAAAUGUCGGUAGUCUUAGAUUCUGAUUUCUGAGUGAAUGAUUGGAAACCAAGAAUGGCCUGAAUCUGACAGAGAAUGAAGAACCUGGGAUAUUGUUCAUCCUCAAAAACAACAAUCGUUAUCUUCAUUCAUGUGGUAACAAUACUUGUCACUCAAUAUCUCACCCAACGAACAGAAGCCUUUGACCCUCUUAUCCAGCUGCCACGUUCCACCUUUACCAGAACCAGAACCCGAACUCGACCCAGAUCUCGACGGGUCAUUUCUGUCAUUGAUUUUGCUGCUAAAGGGGAUGGCCUUCAUAAUGACACCCAGGUAAUCACAAAGUUGUUUUCUUUCAACCCUAUUCCAUAUUUGGUAACCAUCUCUUUACCUUGUUUUCAGUCAUUCCUCGAAGCUUGGAAAACUGCUUGUUCUUUCCCUGGGUUUGCGAAUGUUGAUGUUCCAUACGGGAAAACUUUUCUUAUCUAUCCAGUUGACAUUGCUGGGCAUUGUAAAUCAAAGAUCACAUUAAGGAUUUUAGGUACAAUAGUAGCUCCAAAAGACCCUGCAGUAUGGAAUGGCUUAAAUCAGCGCAAGUGGCUUUACUUCCAUGGGGUGAAUCACCUUACUGUAGAAGGUGGUGGAAGCAUCAAUGGAAUGGGACAUGAAUGGUGGGCCAGAUCAUGCAAGACCAACUCCACAAUUCCAUGCCAUCCUGCUCCAACGGCCCUCACUUUUCAUAAAUGCAAGAACCUGAAAGUGAAGAACCUUACCCUGUUAAAUAGCCAGCAAAUGCACUUGGCAUUCACUAGUUGCAUGCGGGUUGUUGCAUCCCAUCUUAGAGUGUUAGCACCUCCUUCAAGCCCUAAUACCGAUGGAGUCCACAUUAGCGUAUGCAAGGGUGUUGAGGUCAGAAAUACUGUAAUUAGAACAGGAGAUGACUGCAUCUCAAUAGUCCGAAAUUCUUCACGGGUGUGGAUCAGAAACAUUACAUGUGGUCCAGGCCAUGGCAUCAGUAUUGGAAGCUUGGGAAAAUCAAAUGUAUGGGAGAAGGCACAAGAUAUAUACGUUAAUGGAGCUUACCUUUCCAACACUGACAAUGGGGUGAGAAUCAAAACAUGGCAGGGUGGGGCAGGUUUUGCAUCGAAGAUCACGUUUCAGAAUAUUCUUAUGGAAAAUGUGUCAAACCCAAUAAUAAUAGACCAAUACUACUGUGAUUCCCCAAAACCAUGUAAGAAUCAGACCUCAGCCGUCAAAGUAGAGAGCAUAUCCUUCAUUAAUGUUCAGGGAACUUCAGCCACCAAAGAAGCAAUUAAGUUUGCUUGCAGUGAUACAUCUCCAUGUGAAGGAUUAUAUCUGGAAAAUAUUUCUAUUGUAUCAGCAUCAUGCUCCUUCAUAGGAAACACAUCUUCUUACUGCUGGCAAGCUUAUGGCUCUACUCAGGGUUUUGUGUACCCUCCUUCCUGUUUGUUAAGCAAUGACAAUUUCAUUAAACAGAGAGUGUCAUUAGGAUCAAAACCUGCUCCUGAAUCAAUCUGAACUUUAUUUGAGUACACGAUUUCGCAGACAAUGAUGAAUAUUAUAGAGAAUCCACAGAAGUUACAUUUCCAUCGA